AUGAGUCAAGAAUUAAGUAUAAAAGAUAUCGCAAGAGAAAUUUACGUGAUAUUAUAUUCAAAGAGAAAGAAUGAACAACGGAUUAUGAUUAGAACUUAUUUCGACGCGAAUGCUGAGGAACCAAUCAUUUUUGUACAAGGCCACGAAGAAAUAAUCCGGCAAUUUCUUCUCAUGGCCACGAUAUUUAUCUCCAUUACCACAGAAAUUUAUUCAAUAACUGAUUCCGUGAUAGCUGGAGAUAACCAUAUAGUUAGUAUUGAUGCCAUCAUUAAAUAUCGACUUCCUUUGAAACCAAUAUUAUUUCGUCAAGAGAUUGAAUUAAGGACAAUUACGAAAUUUGAAUUUAAUGAACAAAAAAAGAUCGUUAGACAUGAAGAUAUUUGGAGUAUAAAAGAUUUACUUGAAAAUGUGCCAUUUAUGGGGUGGAUUUAUUCUUAUUUUGGAAGGAAGUCGAUUGGACUCAUUACAAAUCAACUUGUAGAAUGGAUGGGUACGAGAAGUUUGUGA